UCCCAAUAAAUAAAUGUGCAAAGCUGCUUCUGCUCCUCUAUUUAAAGAGAGUGAACGUCUUGACUCUUAUCUCUAUCAGAAUUGCAUACACUUCUCUUCAAUUCAAUUCAAUGAAAUUCAGUACUUCACCCUCUUCCUCGUCUUUUCUUUCUUCCAUUCCUAAAUGGUCUUACGAUGUAUUCUUAAGUUUUAGAGGAAUAGAUACUCGCAAUAGUUUUGUUGCCCAUCUAUAUUUUGCUCUGAAACGUAAGGGAAUCUUUACCUAUAUGGAUGACACAGAUCUUGAAAGAGCAGAAGGAAUUUCACCCACACUUCUCAAAGCUAUUGAAGAAUCAAUGAUUUCUAUCAUUAUAUUAUCUCCAAAUUAUGCAUCAUCUACGUGGUGUUUGGAAGAGCUAACGAAGAUCCUUGAGUGUAAGGAAACAAAACAACAAAUUGUUUUACCAGUAUUUUAUCAUGUAAAUCCAUCAGAUGUACGAAAUCUGAAAGGAAGUUUUGAAGAAGCAUUAGCUAAACAUCAUGAGAGGUUCCGAGAAGACCCGAAGGUGCAGAGAUGGAAGGAAAGCUUACGAGAAGUUGCCACUUUAGCUGGACUACUUCUGGCCAAAGACGGGAAUGAAUAUGAAUUUAUGCAGGAAAUCGUUAAAUGGGUGGACUUAAGAAUAUUUAAAUCUAGAUACGAGUUUGACAUUGCUGAGCAUCCAAUUGGACUAGAGUCUCGUCUAAAAGACUUGAUUACUAAUUUAGAAAUUGGAAGGAAUGACAUUACUCUCAUGAUAGGGAUUUACGGAAUUGGUGGAAUUGGUAAAACAACUCUCGCCAAAGCAAUAUUUAACUCAAUUGGACGUCAUUUUGAAGCUAGAUGCUUUCUAAAAGAUGUUAGGGAGAAUUCUAGUCAACAGAGAGGUCUGGUGAAAAUGCAAGAGAACCUUCUUUAUGAGCUCUUAGGAAGCUUUGAAAGUUCUCAUAGUGGCAGUUCUGGAGGUAUUAAUGUUAUAAAGCGUAGGCUUUGCUCUAAAAGGGUACUUAUAAUUCUUGAUGAUGUGAAUGAGUCGCGCCAAUUAAAUGAACUAGCUGGAAAUCAUAAUUGGUUCGGUCCAGGAAGUAGAAUAGUAAUAACAACAAGAGAUCAACAUGUAUUAACUUAUCAUCCAGUUGAUUCAACGUACGAAGUGCAGGGAUUGGACAACAACCAAGCUAUUCAGCUCUUUAAUUGGCAUGCAUUUAAAAGAGACAAGCCAGAUGAAAGUUAUGUGCAACUCACAAAAUGUAUAAUAGGUUAUGCCAAGGGCCUUCCACUAGCUCUUAUAGUGCUUGGUUCAGAUUUGACUGGUAGAACUAUAGAUGAAUGGAAAAAUGCGUUGGAAAAGUAUGAAAGAAAUAUUCACAAGGGUAUUUAUGAAAUUCUUAAAAUAAGCUAUGACGGGCUGGAUAAUAUGGAAAAAGAUAUUUUCCUUGACAUUGCAUGUUUUUUCAAGGGAAAAUCUUUGGAAUAUGUCAUGAAAAUACUAGAGGGUUGUGGUUUUUCAUCAUAUUUUGGCAUUGCAAGGCUUAAAGAUAAGUGUCUCAUCAAUAUUCGUAAUCAAUGUGUGGAGAUGCAUGACUUACUGCAAGAAAUGGGUAGAGAAAUUGUUCAACGAGAAUCGCCUAAAGAAGCUGGCAAGCGUAGUAGAUUGUGGUUUCAUAAAGACAUUCGCGAUGUAUUAGAAGAAAAUACGGGAACAAACACAAUUGAAGGGAUUUUGUUAGAUUUUCCCGAAGGCGAUGACAAGAUAUGCUUGCAUUCCAAGACAUUUGAGAAUAUGAGGAAUCUUCGACUGUUUAUAAACCGGAAUGCACAAUUUUCUGCAGGACCAAAUUAUCUCUCUAAUAAGUUAAGAGUAAUUGAUUGGCCUGAAUAUCCUUCGUCGGUUUUGCCUCAUAAUUUUCAUGGAAAUAAUCUAGUUGAAUUUGAAAUGCCUAAUAGCCGCAUCAAGGAGUUAGGCGGCCUAAUAUCCAAGAACUUGACAUAUAUGGAUUUAAGGUAUUGUAAAUUCAUAACAAAAAUUCCUGAUCUUUCAAGGAACUCAAAUUUAGAAAGCUUGGAUCUUGGAGAUUGUGAGAACUUAGUUGAGGUUCAUCAUUCCGUUGGAUUCCUUGAAAAGCUUUGUAGAUUUUCUGUUAGUGGAUGCUGCAAGCUUAGGAUUUUGCCGAAAGGAUUCAAGUUGAGAUCUCUACGUUUUUUUGAUUUUAAAUAUUGCUGGUGUCUUGAAGAAUUUCCAGAGAUUGAAUGUGAAAUGGAAUUUUUAGCUAAGUUAGAUUUUCAAGGCACUAGCAUAAAAAAACUACAUUCAUCAAUUGAGAACCUCAAAGGACUUAAAAGGUUAGAUCUGUACGGCUCUAGUCUAAAAGAACUACCUUCAUCAAUUGGCAACCUUACUCGGCUUGAAGAAUUACAUGCAGCAGGUUCCUCCUCAAGCGCGAUUUGGAAAUCGCUACAAGUUUCAAAUUUCUUUCCCGCUUUGGUUGAGUUAGAUAUAAGUGGGAGUGAUAUUGUUAUCUUUCCAGCUCAAGGCGUCAGAUUUGCUAGCUUGCGACAUCUUUUGUUGAACAAUUGCAAGAAACUUGAAGAAAUUUUACCUAUUCCAUUGAGUAUAUCAACUGUUGAAGCUCGCGAAUGCACGUCAUUGAAAAGUUUUGCACUACUAUCUGAUAUACUUAUACUUAUUAAAAACAGUGGAACGAUUUUUUCUAACUUCCUAAGGAUUGACUUGUACAGAUGCCAUAAACUGUGUGCAAAUAUGAGGCCGAUUUCUUCAUGUGAAGAGAGACAUUCUACGGAACAAAAUCGUGUAGACCACUUUGAAGAUAGAUAUAUCGACAUUAUAUUUCCAGGAAAUAGGAUUCCAAGCUGGUUCAGCUAUAGCAAGGAGGCCCAUGAUAGUAAUCUGUGUGAAAUAGAUAUAAAUCAACCGCAUCAUUGGAAUGACAAAGAUGAAAUUGUUUUAUAUGUUGUUCUUGGAUUUAGAGUUGGGAUCACUGACCCAAUAAUGGACAAUGCUGAUAUUACUGUUAAAAUCCAUGAUCGCUCGGAUUGGGAGGACUUAUAUACUCGGGAUGUGACGUUUUCUUGGACGGACUCAGACCAUGUAUGGAUGCUCUGGAUGAGUUACGGUAAAGAAGUGGAUGUUUCAAGGUUUAGAUUUGAGUGUAAGUCAGAGUUCGUGGUCUUUAGACGCGUUGGGAUCCAUUUCCUAAAGAAGCAUGAAGAGAACGUAAGAGAUGAAGAUAUUACAGGUGAUGAAGGAGGUGACUGUUGGCUAGAUUUCAUGGAUGAAAAGAGGCAUUCCUCAAUUUCGUAUUUAGAGAAUGACAAUAAGAAUUCGGAGGAAGAUUUUUAUUGCGGUGCAAUCUUCAAUUUUCUUCGCUGCGGUGCAAUCUUCAAUUUUCUUCGAUGUUUGUUGCCUUCUUGAGAUAUAGGAAGAUGCAUGAACUUGAGAAGAUGGAAUCCGGACUGAACCAAACAUAUCACUAUCCAUGCUACCAAACAAUUGUUCAUGUGGAAUUUUAUAGCUCUAAGUGGUUAAAGAAUCUAUAGAUCAUGUGAAGCUGUCACACCAACUCGCAUCAAAUUCUGAGGUAGAAGGUAUCUCUAAUUUACAAUAAUUUAUUUCUUUUUUGUGCAUUGGUUAUUUCAUCUUUACAAUUUUCUCAUUCCAACCAAACAGACCCAUGAGUGUUUUUGCAAAUGAAAUUCCAUUUGCCACUCUUUUCAAAUUAAUGGGUCUGUUUUUGGGAUUUGCUCCGUGUUUUGUGAUUUUCUAAGUGUUUUUGUGAUUUGCACCAAUGCGACAGGAAGUGAAAAUUUGUAGGUAUUUUCUUGAUUAGAUAAGGGUCGAAGAUGUAAAUUAUAUGAUAAUUCAUGAGUUAUGGUGUCUUUUUACUAUACCACAUACCACAUAUAAUUUUUUUAUUUGUUAUUUUUUUUUUCUUUCUAAAUGUAUGGUGUCUUAAUGAUGAGUAAAAGAUUUCCUUUAAUGUAGCAAGAAUAAAACAAACAAAAAAUUAAAAAAAAUGUAAUGUGCGGUGUAUAUAUAAGAAAUGAUGAGUAGAAUGACUCUUUGGAGACCAGGCCUUAUGCCCUUUACUCUUUAGUCCAUAGGACCUUGACUAACUUCGGUCUUGGUUAUAGAAUAAUUUCCUUUUAAAAGUUAGAUUCACAUACUUUACCAUCCAUUCCAAAUCGUCACACCUGUAUUUUCUUUCGAAAUGCUUCACGUACACUCAAGUAGUAUUUAAACAGUAAUCGUGAAUCUAUAUGCUCCAGAAAUAUCAUAUAUAGAAAAUGUAUUCUACUAUUUCUAAUUAAUCAAUAAAUAUAUAAUUUAACAAUAACUAUAUAUAUUUGAAAUUAAUUACUUUUUCUUGUUGCCAAGAGAUGUUAUAUUGUUUGAGUAUUUAUAAGCUUUAAAUAAUACUACCAAGAAAAGAAAAAAAAUUAGUCUGGUUUCUUUUAAUUUAAGUUUACUAAUUUAUGAUGAAGCCCAUCGAUGAUCACAACACAGGAAUAACUAAUACUUAUUCUGUCAUGCUACCAGUUUUUUAUUUUCUUUCAUCAUGUUUAUGAGGUAGAUUGAUUUUUAUGCUAAUGAGAUAGAGCUAGGGAGAUAGCUUUAACUUUGUUGCCUAGCUGAGCACUGAUAGGAAACAAUGAAUUGAACUUCACUUACUAUUAUAGCCUUGUUCUGUUCUGCUAAACUCUCAUUUGGGAUCAACCAGUGCAUCAAUUUUUCAAGUGUUGAAGAUGCUUCAGUUUCCCAUCUCUACUAUUGCUUUUGAGUUGGCAUUCAGAUUUGGGGUCGUGUGUAAGAUUCAUUUCAAAACUCCUUGGCCCCAAAAACAAUUGAAGCUCUUAUUUGCACACAAAAUUGGUUGAGAGCUUCCUCCUUUAAUCAUGACUCUCAAGACUUAAUGUAAGAUGUCGAAAGCUAUAAGCUGGAAAAUGAGAUAACUUUGAAUAAUGUUUUGAAUAUGGAUGGUUGAAGAAUACGAGGGAUAUGAUUCAAUUCCAGCAAACGUUCCUGACCCAAAAGCGAAAAGGCCUAAUCAUUGGGACGAAGAAGAGGCUGUGGAAUAAGAAAACCCUCCACGGUACCUAACCCAGCAUAUAAAGGACCAUGGAAGCCCAAGCAAAUUAAGAACCCCAAUUAUAAAGGGAAAUGGAAGACUCCUUGGAUUGAUAAUCUAGGAUGGUAUCAUUCUUGGAGCAGAUACAAGAACCAUUGAAGGACCAAUAAUCACUGAAAAGAACUGUGAAAAGAUUCAUUAUAUGGCACCAAACAUAUAUUGUUGUGGAACAGGAAAUGCUGCUGAUAUAGGGGCAAUAACAGUUCACAACUGCAACUGUAUCACUAUCAUACUGGUCAAGAAUCAAGGUUGUCACAUCACUCGCCCUCAUGAAGAAUCAGUACCUUUUCAAGUGAAGUUUCAUUUGUUGCAAACCAAGAAAUGAAAGUUGCAUUUGAUGAGUUGAUUUUAUUGGACAUCAACUGCAUACUGAAAAAGAAUAACCAGAUGUAUCAAGUCAUAACAGAAGUUUUGUAGAAACAAUAUUGUGGUUGCUUUCCUUUUAUGUAUAUAUAUAUUUAUAAAUUUGUCGGGUUUGGUUUAUUGAAGAUCUUUGCUUAUUUGUUUUUGGAUUGGUGUAAGUUUCUUUCAAGAGUUGUGGAUACUUUUUGGAUAUAUUGAAUACAUUAUAAUUCUUCAUAA